UCGUCUUGGCUUCGAUAGACUUGCAUGAUCGGAAAACGGGCGUCGCAGUCGGGGAAGAGGAUCCAAAUCACUCUAAGGGAAGUGGUGCAAUACCGCGUGACCGCGACGAUGUUACGGUAUGCGUGCGUGCGUGCGUGUGUCGUCAUCUUCUUCAGUGACGUAUAGUGUGAAGGUACAGUGAAUGCAACAUAAGUGUUUAACAACUACGUGAAGCACCACAUCAAUCUUGGAUGCGUUUCAACCAUUCAUUAGCCAUAUUUGUCUCGUUGUCAGCGUGCUUUUCUUUCCAACGAUAACAUCGUGAAGUUUACUACGAGUUCCAUCAACGAUAUGUUCUGCGAGAUUUUAACUAGUGUCCGGCGCGCCCGUGGCUAAAGACAGGCCUGGUCGUCCUUACGUAACAAUCCGCAGCAUGCUGCUACGCACACGCUAUAUGUUUGCACGUGUACUACAGUAGAAAUGCAGUGACCGACCAAUGUGCUCGUGAUUUCGUGCAAAAUUGCAUGGGAUUUUUCGCUUAUGGAUGAACACGUAUUAUUAAAUACGCGUGCCUGAAUUGGAUAAUUAAUUAAUUUUUGGAGACUAAAAUCAAUUUCGCACGCAAUCGGUAUGCAAUUUUCGUGCUUGGAAAUCUAGUGAACUGUGCAGUCACCACACGUCAUUCAAACCACAUGUUACUUAUUAAUUAUACCUCGCUUGUAUAAAAUAUAAAAUUAAUAUCAAAAUAUUAAAAAUAAACAUUUUCAAACAGAACAGAAAUCAAAAUAGUUGCUCAAACAGGCUAAUAUUAUAAAUUGAACGCAUAUCGAUACAUCUAACGAUCAGACAAUUUGCGGCUAAAGUGUAUGAAAAUCGCAAAACGCGCGCACGAUCGCGUUGCAUCACGCAGCUCCGAGUUUCGGCUGCGUGCGCAUGCGCGCCAGAACGACUCUCUCGCGCGCACAUGACUGGACCCAGCGGCUACCUCGUGCAUUAUCUCCUGGACUCUGCUCCAUUGGUACCGUUCGGCCGAUUAGCCCGCCAGUCGGCCGUCUAAUUAUUCGCGUAGCAUGCGCGCGACAGCGAGGAUUCCGCCGGCUUCGACUCGCGGCCGCCGCUCGUUGACCGCCAGCCAUCGGCGAGCAAGGUUUACCGGCGCGACGGACUGAGCUCUCCUCCUCUCCGGCCGCACCGAGGCCUCGCUCCCGUUCGCGCUAGUCGCGCACGCAACAAUAAUGCUGUACCUCCUCGAGAGCAUCCCGUACAUCCCCAAGGUGUACUACGGCGCGCUGCUGGGCAUCGGCUUCUGCGUCUAUUACCUUUGCGAAGUUGUCAAGACUCCGCUGUUGGUUUGCGCCAAUGGACCAUUCCGCUCGUUCCUGGAGGCAAAUAUCCCGCUCGUGCAAAAUAAAUUCUGGCCGACACUGUGGUGCUUCGAAUCGCGAGCGCAGACCAUUAUUGCCAGCAUCUUGAGGUCCCACAUUUUACCGCCUGUCGAAUAUCGCAGGGAGAUUCUAACAUUGCCAGACGGCGGUGAAGUAGCUCUGGACUGGGCUGAGAAAGAUUGCUCCACCACUUCACCGAUCGUUAUCAUCUUACCUGGCCUUACGGGUGCCAGUCAAGCGGAAUACGUCAAGUGCCUGGUAUCAGCCGCGAGGAAAAUCGGGAUACGAUGCGUGAUUUUCAACAACAGAGGUCUAGGCGGGGUAAAACUCAAGACCACACGCACGUAUUGUGCCUCAAACUACGAAGAUUUAACCGAAGUUGUAGAACACGUGAGGAAACUUCAUCCUCACGUAUCUCUCGGAGCAACCGGAAUCUCCAUGGGAGGGUUGGUCCUAGGCAACUAUUUAGCACAACAGGGUUUAACAGCAAGAACCAAAUUAAAGGCGUGUCUCAUUAUCUCUGUACCGUGGAACGUGUUCGCCGCAACGAAAAAUAGCGAGGAAAAUUACUUUAAUUUAAUGUUAAAUAAGCAUCUAGCUACCAAUCUACGGCGCACCAUAGAGCGGUAUCAUUCUGACAUUGGUCCGUUCCAUGUAGACAUUGACAUUGAUAAAAUUCUUAAGAGUCAAACUAUAAGAGAAGUCGAUUCGCAUUUUACAACCAAGCAAUUUGGGUAUAAGAACGUCGAUGAGUAUUAUCGCGAUGCCACGCUCAAUGACAAAUUGCAUCUAAUCGAGGUUCCGACGUUAUGUCUUAGCGCGGCGGACGAUCCGUUUCAGCCUUUGAAAGCGAUACCUCUAAAUGAAAUAAGCAAAACUAAGAAUGUGGCUGUGGUAGUAACGUCGCGCGGCGGUCAUAUCGGCUUCCUGGAAGGCGUCUGGCCGGUCAAGGAGGAGCAGUACAUGGGAAAGUUCUUCUCGCAAUACUUUGAGGCGAUGUUCAGCGGAUUUGACUAACAAGACAUUCAUAGUAAAUCGAAAUUGAUAAACGCCAACAUUCCCAUCGUGCAAUCAUCGAAUUUAAUCAAGAGAUCAAGUGCCGCAAUAUCAUUUAUUGGUAUUAAUUUUACCGAAGCUGAAGUAUGAUUAAAUUUAUUCUACCGAAUAAUGACAUUUAUUAUUUUUUUAUUACACUGUGAUGUGAAACUUGAAAUUGUUUCUGCAAACCGAUGUUAAAAUGUCUACUUUGUAUAAUUUGUAAAGUAGCAAAUUGUUUAGUUCUACUUUAAUUGGAUUCUAUCGUAAUUGUUUAUAUUCAAAACGACAAUUUAGUUUUGUUUUUUAUUUAUUUUUAUUGCUGAGGUGGCAAAGAAAAGGCAGCAGACAUGACAUUUUAAAAUCAACUCGCGACUCGCAAUUAAUCUCGUGCUACUCUCGUCCUAACAAGAUAUUUUAUCAUCGUGUGACACGAGUUAACUAGUUCGCAAUUUUGUCGAGCUAAAACUAAUUUUAAUAUUAUAAGUUUUGCAUAGAUUUCAGAUAAUGCAUAAGUAUCCUCAUUAUAUCUGUAGAUAAUAAAAAUUACAACUUUUUUAAUGAUAA